AUGGGCCUGUUCGAUGAAAUGCCUGUGAGAGCUACAACUUCUUAUAACGCGAUGGUUACGGCUAUGAUUAAAAACAAGUGUGAUUUGGGAAAAUCCUUUCAAUUGUUUUGUAGUAUACCUGAGAAGAAUGCUGUGUCUUACGCGGCGAUGAUUACUGGUUUUGUUCGGGCAGGGAUGUUUGACAAGGCGGAGUCUUUGUAUGCUGAGACACCUGUGAAGUUUCGUGAUCCUGUUGCUUCGAAUGUUUUGUUGAAAGGGUAUUUGAGAGCAGGGAAGUGGAACGAGGCUGUUCGUCUUUUUCAGGGUAUGGCAGUGAGAGAGGUAGUAGCUAAUAGCUCUAUGGUUGAUGGGUACUGCAAAAUGGGGAGACUUGUUGAUGCUAGAAGUCUUUUUGAUAGAAUGCCUGAGAGAAAUGUGAUUACUUGGACUGCUAUGAUUGAUGGGUAUUUUAAAGCUGGUUUUUUUGAAGAUGGGUUUGGUCUUUUUUUAAGAAUGAGAAGGGAAGGGGAUGUCAGUGUUAAUUCUAACACUUUGGCUGUCAUGUUUAAAGCUUGUCGUGAUUUUGGCAGAUAUCGAGAAGGAAGUCAGAUUCAUGGGUUAGUUUCACGCAUGCCUCUCGAGUUUGAUCUGUUUCUAGGGAGUUCGUUGAUUUCAGUGUACUCUAAGCUUGGUUAUAUGGGAGAGGCCAAAGCAGUGUUUGGCGUAAUGAAAAAUAAAGACACUGUUUCUUGGAAUUCCUUGAUCACUGGUCUUGUUGAGCGCGGAGAAAUUUCUGAAGCUUAUGAACAUUUCGAGAAGAUGCCAGAUAAAGACUUGGUAUCCUGGACAGGUAUGAUCAUGGGAUUUUCUAAAAAAGGAGAAAUCUCUAAAUGUGUAGAGUUGUUUAGAAUGAUGCCUGAGAAGGACGAUGUGACAUGGACUGCUAUGAUAUCUGCAUUUGUGAGCAAUGGAUAUUAUGAGGAGGCGCUUUGCUGGUUUCUUAAGAUGCUCCAGAAAGAGGUUUGUCCAAAUUCCUACACUUUCAGUAGUGUCCUCAGCGCAACUGCUAGUUUGGCGGAUUUAAUUGAAGGACUUCAGAUCCACGGUAGAGCUGUGAAGAUGAACAUGGCGAGUGACUUGUCAGUUCAGAAUUCUUUGGUAUCAAUGUAUUGCAAAUGCGGGAACACAAAUGACGCUUACAAGAUCUUCUUAUGCAUCAGUGAGCCUAAUAUUGUUUCUUAUAACACAAUGAUCAGCGGGUUUUCCUAUAACGGUUUCGGGAAGAAAGCUCUAGAGUUGUUUUCCAUAUUGGAA